GCACGCUAGGACUGUUGAUACAUCUGUACGUUGCUUCCAGGUAAGGAUAAUAUUCGGAAUGCCACCAUCACUCAGCAAGGUGACAACAUUUGCCCUGCGGGGAUGCAGGCACUCACUGUUCUCAGCUGCAAAAUGCACCAAUAUUUCGAGACAAUUCGGCACAAUCAUUGACAAAAUCGACAAUAUUGUCAAGCGUGGACGUGCAAGUGAAUGUGAGAUUCCCAGACAAUCAGAUGUCGUGAUCAUUGGUGGUGGUUUGGUAGGCUCUGCUGCAGCUUUCUGGCUCAAACAAAAAACAGGACCAGGGGAGAUAUCAGUGACAGUAUUAGAAAGGGAUUUACAGUAUACUCGUGCAUCAUCCACACUUUCAGUGGGAGGUAUACGUCAACAGUUUUCAUCUGAGGAGAAUAUUCUUAUGUCACUGUUCAGUGCGGAUUUCUUUGAAAACAUUAAGGAGCACUUGUGUGUGUAUGACUCUGAUCAAGAUCCUCCCGAUUUGCAGUUCAAUCAAAAUGGUUACCUUAUCCUAGCUGCAGAUCAGAAAGCUGCGGUAUCACUAGAAGAAGCAAAUAAAACGCAGAUAUCAUGCGGUGCUAAGGUAAAGCUAAUGGCCCCAUCACUUAUGAAAGAGAAAUUUCCAUGGUUAAAAACAGAUGACCUGUUUCUUGGAUCAUUUGGUUUGGAAAAUGAAGGUUGGUUUGAUCCUUGGCUUUUAUUGGAUGCCUUAAGGAAGAGAAACCGUUCACUGGGAGUGGCAUAUGUCCAAGCAGAAGUUGUGGGAUUUGACACAUCGCCAGGGAGUGUAGACCAUGUUAUGGUGAAAAAUAUGUAUGGUGAAGUGAAAGAGAUCCAGUUUGUUCACUGUGUCAAUGCAGCAGGUCCCUGGGCAGGAGAAGUCAAUAAGAUGUUAGGGGGUAGUUUUCCUCUUCCAGUGGAGCCAAGAAAACGUUACGUGUAUGUCUUCCACUGUCCCAACGGGCCUGGUGUUGACUGUCCUCUGCUUGUAGACCCAAAGGGAGUCUACUUUAGGAGAGAGGGACUUGGGGGAAAUUAUAUAUGUGGAGGUUCCCCUACAGAGGAGGAAGAGCCUGAUAUUGCUACAUUGGAAGUGGACUAUUCAUUUUUUAAUCAAAAACUGUGGCCUAUACUUGCAAACAGAGUCCCUGCAUUUGAGAACAUAAAGGUGAAGAAUGCCUGGGCAGGUUACUAUGACUACAACUAUGUGGAUCAGAAUCUCAUUAUAGGCAAGCACCCUGAGUUCCCUCAAAUGAUUUUUGCUAAUGGUUCUAGUGGCCAUGGAGUUCAACAUGCUAUCCCAAUUGGACUUGCAGUUUCAGAACUGAUUCUGGAAAAUGGUUAUGAAACUAUAGACUUGUCUUCGCUUAGUUAUGAAAGAUUUUGCACUGAAGGUGGUUCAAAGAAAGAAAAAAAUGUGUAUUAAUAUUCUGAUUUUUAGUUGGAAAUCUUGUAAAUAUAUGACAGAGAGCGUGCAGGAUACUUACAUGAUGCUGUAAUGUUUUUAUAAUAAAAAUUACUAAUACCGCCAUUUAUGGCCGUAAGCACAGUGAAUGUGCAGCUUACUGAACAAUGCAAAUUAAUUUCAUCACAUUUAUAUGCAAAUACAUAAACUUGUGCUUUAAGCACCAGAUGCAGCUGGAUUUGUAUCUUGAACUAUAGAUCUGAUUUGUUAUUUUGCAUGUACAGAAUGGUUAUUUAUCAAGUCAUUCUUUUUAUGUCAUUUAUACCUGCUGAAUUCUCCAACUGAUAUAUUUUACUGUAUGAAGUACAUGUAAUAACACUUGUAGUUCUUAUAUUGUACAAGUAGUAGUAACCUAGCAUUGCAUUCUACAGGUACAUCAUCAUGUAUCCAUUAAUCCUUGGUUGAAAAUUAAAAACUUUUAAAAUGUGCAUCAAUCAAAUUACUGCCAUUGCACUGAUGUUUGAAUUCCACGAGCAGAGUUAUCAAUCACCCUGACACAUACACUUCUUUUGGUAUGACACAUUUCUCCUGGGUAAUGGCCACUUUGAGUUCAGCAAUGGUUUGUGGAUUGUUCU